CUGUCUGUUAGUCCCACAUUCCAUUUCUCGCAGGCCUUGUUUGGUCAAGGGGGUCCCAAGCAACGCGGCAAUGGGUCGCGGAGGCGGUGAGAGUGAGAGCAGAGCCGGCACGGAAUGUUCACUCGAGCUUCGUCCGGCCACAGCCGACGAUUACGAGCACUACGUGACCUUCUUUCCGGAACUGUCGCUGCCCGCGUCCCUGCUACUGCCCUUCGACACGUGGCAGCGAGAUCUCGCGCCGUCGACGUAUUUCCUCGCGGCCAGUGGCGGAGACGGGUUGGCAGGCGGCGACGGUGAGAGCGUUGCGAAGAGCGACUGUGCUCCUCUCGCGUACGUGUACGUGGAGACGCUGAGGGACACGGGGUUCAUUCGCCACCUCGUCGUCCAUCCUGGAAGGCGCAGGCAAGGCAUGGGGACGAAGCUGAUGAGGGCGGUUGCAGCGAGGCUGGCAGCAGCAGGGUGCGGGCAGUGGCGCCUCAACGUGUUCCCCUCCAACACCGCCGCCAUCCGCCUCUACUCCCACCUUGGACUCUCGCCUCUUCAUUCCGGCACCUGCCUUCAAAUUUCCUGGGAAAGACUCGCAUCGCUUCCCCAAGAGCAUCCUGUAUCGUGUAACGAGAAGCAGGCUAGAGCGGUGAGCCUUGAAUGCGAGGGGGAAUCAUGUGCAGGAGAAAAUGGCCGAUGUGGAGGGGGCAGAGCGAGCAUGCUGUGCUGUGAAGGGCGGUCGUUGGAAGAAGGGACAGGGCCAGACAGACAGCUGGGGGGUUGGAAGGAUUCAGGGUGUGAGAGAGUGACCGUGGGGGGGAUUGAGGCAGGGGAGGAGGAGCAGGUGGAGCGGGAAAUGGGGUUACCACUGGGAUUGUUACAGCGGAUGAGAGCACUUAAGGGUACCCUGCUGGCCAAGGCUGUGGCAACAAGGGAUGCAGGAGGCUGUGGUGCAGUAUCAAGAGCGCAGUGUGAAGGUGUGGGGGGGAUUGAAAACAGCAAUGCCAAGUGCAGGUGCUCCAGUGUUACUGAUGAGGAUGAUUUUAGAGUGCUCGGAUUGGCAUGCUACCAAGAGGGGUACGGUGGCUUCAAGAUCUUUCGAGCUUCGUCUCCUGCUCUAGCUCAGCAGUUGCUGCAGUGGUUUGACCAACAGCUUCCUGGCAAAAUUGGCACAUGCACACUGCUAGUGGAGGCUAGUGGGGGAGCGGUGGAAUGGUUGAAAGCCAUGGGUGCAACCACCAAGUACAAUGUAAUCCAGAUGGCUGGCAAUGUGCCAACUAAUGCAUGACUUAGCUGCACGCACUUGUAGUCAAGCUUGGAGAAGUAGUUUUUGGAAAUG